AUGCCGUGCGCCCUCGAGCUGCUCCCUAAUGAGCUUCUGGAUCAAAUUAUCGUCUAUUUAACCACAGAGCCGCCCUCCCUGGCACGGCUCCAUCAAGCGCCAACCCACCAGAUCACCCAGUCCCAGAAUAAACAACUUAAGCAUCUGGCGCAAUGUUCGUCUCACUUGCUGGAUCUUGUGCGACCUCGGCUUUUCGCCCAUGCAUACCUAGACCUAAAGGAUGAGUCGGCGUUUCAGGCUUUCAUGAUUGCAUCAGAUCUGGGUCGAUACGUGACUUCCCUCGUCGCUAUCACGGAGGAUACAUCCCUUGUCCCAGCUGAUCAUUACUGGUGGCAGCGGACUCUUCAAUAUCUAGACCCGACUCGUAUCACUGUGCUAGCGCCGCCAACCUUUAUCGGGAACAUGCUAAACACCCGCAUUAUGAACGGCCACAACUGGUCGUUUGAUAUCCACCUGCAGAUCUUACAACUAGAGCGUGAUGGUCCAUCUGUACCUCUUUUUUCAGGACUGGAUGACUGCGACAGCCUACUUCUGGCCCGCCCGUGGACAUCCAUGUCUUUUAACGAAUCAUCCUCUCUGAAAGCAUAUAAUCACUACGAAUACUUUCUCUCUCGCGUUCCCUCGGUGGUCGGAGAAUGGGGCUUCCAGCUUAAUCCACAGGAAUUCCCACCAGCGCACUUAUCGGCCAUGCUAAGUCGCCUUACUUCUUUCUCCUAUACUGCCAUUUUUCCGUUUUACAACCAUGUGAAAUUGGUGCUUGACUCUCUAUCGGUAAUGCCGAAUUUGCAAGUUUUGAGCGUGCAGUUAGCGCCCGAGGAGCACAAUCAUGUUCUAGAGAUGGAACAACGUGGGUCUUUGGAUCCCAACGACCCAUGGACAGAGCUUUCAACUUCCUAUUCUUUGAUUGGCUUCGAGGUUCGCAAUAAAGAGUCUUUGGUAGAGUUUAGAAGUCGAGACUUUGCUUUCGAGGCUAUCCGAGAGGAACUGGCCCUUGAGCUUGAUGCCAAUCUGGGAGAUACUAAUUGGACUCCUGAGGGUAGUGGUGUUUGGAGGCGACGCAAGACAUGA